CUUCAUGCAACCAGCAUCAAGAUGAAGCGGCAAGGGAUGCGACAAGAGGAACGAUAAUGGCAUAAACCUGUUUACUCCGGCAUGGCUGAGGCACCAAAAGACCAAUCUCCGAUAGCUACACAGUCUGAGCCCUAUUCCUCUGCACCUCUUCCUCCCCCGCCGGCCAACGAGUCUCGGUCGUCCCACUCAACUCCACAGCUUGGCGCGGAAUCGCAGCUAUCACUGUCACCUCUGUCUACCAGUACUACCGCGACCAUGAGGAACAUAGAUUCUCCCGCGCAACAGCUUCCUGAAGAAACUGCUCGUCUGCCCUCUCCUCCUCCGCCGCAACACCCACCCGCACCAACCGAUCUCAAUAGCACCCACUCCCAGUCCGUUAAGCAAUCAAACCAAGAGGAAAAGCGCGACAUCGCCAUGUCCGGAGGCGGGAUGAGCAAUGACCAGCUACAACCCCAAUCCCAACCUUCCGUGCCUACUACGUCCUCUACCGCUACAGCUCCCUUGGCCAAUACCUCCACCUUAAACAAUAGCAACAAUGCAUCCACCACCCCGAUACCCCAAGUACGUCCAGGCGGCGCACCAGCGCGUGUAUACAUGAACGAAAAGAUCGUGCCGUAUUUAUUAGAAGGAAUGAAAACUCUCGCGAAAGAGCAACCCUCGAAUCCCCUACGCGUCCUAGGCGAAUAUCUCAUACAAAAGAGCAAUGAAAUUGAGGAAUGAAUAGGCGGAUAUUCGUGCUCGAUGCAGGUAUAUCUCAAAUUGCAAAUUGUACUCUAAAUGCGCGCUGGGGAAUAGCAGGGCCCUGGAUUCCUGACUUCGUGCCAUAUGCAACUUUACAAUGCGAUUUCGUAACAAACCGAAAUGGGACGGCUUUCGCAAAUGGACUACAUAUAAUGGGCUCAAAGUAAUGAAGUAAUGGGAAAGAAGAGCUAGCGAUAAUUACUCAUUUCGCUUGACUUCUGUUUGCGACGGCAACCAUAAUUAGGACGAUAUAUGAAAAACAUACAAACGGGAAAUUUCAGGUCCGCGGCGAAUCGGCGCUGUGUGAAAUUUUGACCAUGUAUUGAUUUAUGGUUUCUUAGGGAACUUGAAUACUCAUUUUUUCUUCUAUUUAAGUUUAUCUCUGUACUCUAUUAGUUAUGGAGAUCAUUUGAUAGGACUCAUUCUUUGAUCAUGAUCCGGGAAGUGAGAUGAUCUCUGUUGACUUUAGUAGAUGGAUCAUGAAAUUAGGUGGGAUAUUUGUAGCUUUCAAUAAGGGGGAAAAAGCAAGUCAGAUUAGAUGCAAGCCUGCAAACAGUAGCAAAGUUUAAGAGAGGCGGGGUUCAGUUCAGUUUUGCUUCGCAUCUGACGUCCUGGUCUCAGAAAACAAAACAGACGCCUCACAAUCCGCAAGUAACGGAGACAGGUCGAGGAUUUAGUCAAACUGGUCCAUAUCUGUAUAAAUUCCUGUCUGUCUGGCGAAAGGGUUUGUCUUCCACAUUGACUUGGCUCAUUCCUUGACUCAAUCUUUUUAAGGUGGAUCUGCCGCGAAAGGAAGUCACCAGGAGUGUGUUUUGCAUUAUACUCGAGCGGCGAUUAUCAUUCAUGCCUCCCAUUCUAAAGAGAUACAGGAAGGAGUUACAACGAAUUCAGGCUUUAGAAUAGCGUUAGUAAUCAACAUCCUUAUCGGGUAUUGUAAAACUUGAUACUAUCAUCGAAGCUAGCGAGGCUGACAUGGCUCGCCGGCCAAAAAGCUGAAGUGAAAAAAAGUUAGCACGACAUGUCAAAUUUGCAACUUACCAUUUUGUUUGGGUUGGAAGUUCGUUGCUAUUUCUGCUGAAAACAAUGAAGCAUAAAAUGUUUUGACUGGGAUGCACUGCAGUUUUAAUUAUAUGACGAAUUCCUAUAAUGUGGCUUGUACGAAGUCGAACAGGUUGGCAAAAAAGCGGAAGGUGGGCACGUAAGAAGACAGAGGCUUGGCCAGUUACCGCGGUACACAGACAAUCUUUACGGCGGUCUUGAACGGGUGAUCACAGGUGAAUAUUAUCAAAGAAACCGAAAAGGAAUGGCGGCUACAAGUAACGAACAUGGCGUCAUGAUGACUGAUUUGUGCUGGACUCCAUGAAACCUUGGCUUUUUUGAGACGCGAGGCGGAAAGUUUUUCUGUGGUACUAUGAGCUGACAUCUCUGCUCCUCUUGGGCGAACUCUUGGGACAGUCGUUACCUGGGGCUGAUGAGAGGUGAUACGGCGAAUAAAGUUGAAUAGCGAUAACGACCAUAGCUGAAACUGAAGAAUAGUGCUGACCACAAGAAAAACCGAGGGUAUUACAGGUAGACAUAUUGUUUUUUGUUUUUGUUUUGUUCAAUCCGCCGCCAAUUUGCGAUAUCCGUGCGAGAAGAAAGAAGGAAAAAAACCAUAUAGACGGGAUCUCAACACCAAGUUAGCCUGGGGCUGAUCAUAUCGUACGAGAGAAGCGCCGCCGUAACCGUCGAUCUUGACCCUCAAUUGAGGGUAGUGACAUUAAACCAUUCGUGGAAUACAGGAACAGAAAUAAAAUAAUAGAAACAAGAGAAAAAUAAGAAAGUGGAGAAGAAAGAAAGCAGUCCAAAAAGUGGCCAAUGGUCAUUGCCGGGCCACAAUUUGAAGCUUUCUUGAUCCUUCAUACCUACCUAUCUGGCGCCAUACCUGUCAUCUCCACCACGGCCUUCGUAGCCACGGCCUCCGUAUGGAUCACGGGACUCACGGGGAGGUGGUGGGGCAUCCGCAAAUGGGGCAGAAUGGUGUGAACGAGCAUCGUCGCGAUCGUAGUAAGCGCGACGAUCAUCUCCACGGCGGUCAUCACCGCCACCACGACGCUCGUACCUGUCUUCACGACCUCCUUCACGGCCUCCUUCACGUCCCCCUGAUGUCGCAUAACGAUCGAUACCACGGUAGGAUGGCUCGUCGCGGAAGUCACGGCGACCGUAAUCCCGACUACGUUCAUUGUACGAAUCAUAACGGCCGUAGCGGUAGCUAUCAUCUGGUCGACGGCCACCACUGGCGCCAUAUCCUCCCCGACGGUCAUCAUAACGGUCGUAACGGCCGCCACGGGGCGGGCCACGACCGACUGCAUUAUAAGUUAGCCAUGCGGUUGUUGAUAAACGUUACAUUUGAGAUUUUUCAAACACAUACAGGCUGUUCCACGUUUUGGCGGACCAAAGUAUUUCCCAGGGGUUGGCGUUCGGGGGCGGCCACGACGAGCCUUCUCAAUGCUAAGAGUUCUCCCUUCGAUGACUUCACCUUGAAGGCCUUCCUUUGCCGCGUCCGCUUGCUCUGAAGUCACCAUCUUCACGAAACCGAAACCGCGCGAUUCCUUUGUGUGCGGGUCAACCAUAAUCGAGCAGUUCUCAACAUCGCCAUAUUUCUCGAAGAGGCGAGAUACGUCUGAUUCAGUAAGUCGUGGGUGGAUACCGGUAACGAAAAGAUUAGAGCCAGUAUUGACGCUUCCUUCAUCGUCGUCGUUUCCUUUCAUAGCCCGAUCAUUUUGGGGUACGCUAGGACGAUAUAUUAGCCCACGAAACUCCCGCUGUUUAAGUAAAAUAAAAGCCCAUACUGAGCUUACCGGAGAUGAUCACCGCGGCCGAUUGGAGACAUGCUUCGGUUCCGAGCUCCACCUCUCCCGUUGCCUCUUGGAGAGGCGCUACGAUCGCGAUCGAAUCGGGGCUCGUCUGAAAAGAUCAGGAAUUAGUUCGGGAUCACGCAAGCUCUUUGCAUGUAUUCGCUCAUACCAUCAAAACGACCAUUCUCCGCUUCGUACUCCAUAGUAGCCAUCGGUUUGUAUGGAGAUCAGAGGAGAUAUGUUAAAAAAAAUGGACGGGGUAUGAAGAGUGGCGAAGGUGUUGAGAGUCGGAUUUCACAAGUGGCAGAGCUAAAAGACGAGGGAAGAAACCGGAAGUCGACAAAGCAAACCUCUUCAGAAGAAGACAGAAGCAAAAAUGAGAUACACAAAAGGAACAAGAAUAAAACUAGUCCACGCUGUUGGGGGUUUGUUGAUAGAGCGAGGUGAGGUGAAAAGAAAAUAAGGGCGACGGUCACAGCAAAUCUGGAGCUGGGAAGAAGGAACGACCAUUAGCGCGUUGGCGGCUCAAGUGGUGGCCUGAUAAAGACUAGCGUCAUCUCGACAUGAGCGAGACCCCAAUUCAGCCGUGCGGCUCUGGCGUCUAAAGAAAAGGCAAAAAAACCAGCUAGAGCUUGAUGGAAUGAUUGAAAUAACUUACAGUCACAAUCUCUACAAAACAGUUACCGGGCACCCGAAAACCCCUUUAGUUGAAUAAAUCUGAGACCAUAAUUAUCAUAAGAUCCUAACCCUGCACACAUACCAUAAAUCCUAGUAAACAUGUGGGUAUGUAAAAACAAAAGCGGGAAAACCAAAAUAAU